AUGCCUGUGCAGACCGCUGGUCAUGUAAAACGGUCAUCCCCCUGCGCCCGCGUGUCUCCAAGGUGUGCUGUGGGCCCAGGUGUCCAGGGUCACAGGGACCCUGCCCCGUCCCCCUGCUCCCGAGGCAGCCAGCAACACAGAGGCUACUGGGUCGGCGCUCACGCUGGGCCUGGUCUUCCUGACGUCUACACAGCUGCUGUGCGUCCAGGGGAAGUGGCCGUGGCUGAUGGCCCGGGAGCAGCUGGCGGGGUGGCUGCAGGGCCAUGUGGAAGUUCCCAGGCCUCAGGGAACACUUACGUAACUGGCUUAGAGAGGACGUUGGGAGGUGGGUUAGUUCAGGGGCCAGGCACAGUCUGGGCGCCUCAGCCUGGCAGGGCAGGCCCGGCAACGCCGAUCCUAUCGUCCUCAAGGUGCUUGGCAGAGUGCUGGACAGGGCGGAGCGGGAGCCAGGACUGGAGCAGGGCCAACCAGCCGGGCAAGCGGACCAGCAGCGCCAGGGAACUUGGACCUGGCCCUGCCGAGUCAGAACGGGGUGGCCCACCUGUGUGCUACCAGCCUGCUAGGCGCCACGGCAGGCGCCACGGUACUCGUCUGACAAGUGGACACAGCACUUCCUGCAUGGCAGACGAGGCCUUCCAACAUCUGACCAUGUUCACGCCGCUCCACGUUCAUCACCUGUUGGAGGAGAGCAGGGGGCCGGGAGAGGACAGAGAGGAGGGAGGACAGGCGGACAGGUGGACAGGUGGACGGGACGUCGAGGACCCUGUAGACCCGGGGAGAGCUGGAGGACCAGGUGGGGAGGCUCUGCCUCCAGAAAGGACACCUGAGGUCACAGCACAGAGCCGGUCGACGCAUCCCUGGGGAGGAAGCCGGCCUGGCCCGAUGGUGCCGCCUCAGAUGACGCGUCAACGGCAGGAGGCAGGAGGAGUGAGAGAAGUUCCUCGUUCCCAGGAGCACACGCCCAGGGACCCAGGAAUCCAAGGUCCCCGUGUUCUGUACUUUGCAGAGACACUGAAAGAAAACUGA